GUAGAGUAGAAAGCGGGUGCUGUAAGGUGCGAGAUCCCAAAACCGAAAGGUGGAGGGCGAGGGAAUCGAAACCAUCGACUAUUUAUCUUCAUUCUCGUCGUCGUCGUUGUUCCUUCUUUUUCCGUCUCAGAAAAAGCGUGCCAAACCUAAUCGAUCAUUUUCUCUUCUCUUUCAAAUUCAUCACCAUCGCUCCCUUCCUUCCACUAUGCACGCAGAUUAGAUUCACACAUUCACACUCGCAUUCACUCCUCCUCAGGCUCACCCUUUCUGCUUUGAGAUCUGAUUGCAUUUUCAUUCAUUUCUUCCGCCACAAAGGAAAUUUCAUUCAGCAAGAGUCAUUCGUAACCGAUUGAUGCGCUAAUUUCAAUUGCCCUGCGAGCGUCCAUCUGCCGAAUCGGAAGAUGGGAUUAGUGUUUACGAAAUUGUUUUCCUCUCUUUUCGGUAACAAGGAAGCUCGAAUCCUCGUUCUCGGCCUCGACAAUGCCGGAAAAACCACUAUUCUCUAUCGGCUUCAGAUGGGUGAAGUUGUUUCCACCAUUCCAACAAUCGGUUUUAAUGUCGAAACAGUGCAGUAUAACAACAUUAAAUUUCAAGUCUGGGAUUUGGGUGGGCAAACAAGUAUCAGGCCAUAUUGGAGGUGUUACUUCCCAAAUACUCAAGCAAUAAUCUAUGUUGUUGAUUCAAGUGACACCGAAAGGCUUGUGAUUGCUAAGGAGGAGUUCCAUGCAAUUUUGGAGGAGGAAGAACUAAAAGGUGCAGUUGUUCUCAUUUUCGCAAACAAACAGGACCUUCCUGGUGCACUUGAUGAUGUUGCAGUGACGGAGUCUCUAGAAUUACACAAGAUAAAAAAUCGCCAGUGGGCUAUCUUCAAAACUUCUGCUAUAAAAGGUGAAGGACUUUUUGAGGGCCUGGACUGGUUGAGCAAUACACUCAAAUCUGGAGGUGGCUAAAGGUGUCUGCUUCAACCGAGUUAGAUGGAUAAAUGAAUUCAGAAGGUUGACAUGCUUAUUUUGGUAUCACUUUCGCCUUGAUUGAUGCUACAAUAAAACGAUUAUUAAUGCUCGUACACAUGUAUUCUAUUCUGUUCUGUUGUUGGUUUUUCUUUUUCUUGGGUCCUUUUUAUAUUUUUUAGUCCGUCUCUUGGCUCCUCUAAUAGCUGUAGCUGAAUGGUUUUAAGGAAAAUUUUCCCGUUUAAUCUGUGUAAUCGAGUUACACGGGUUUAAACGUAAUGCGCUUGACGUAUCCAUGAUUAAAGGGUGAUGGCAAACUUUGAAAAGCUCUUUGGUGGCAUGAUGAGGACUGGGCAUCCAUUAUCGACAAUGUGAGCCUUGUAGCAAUUUUUUAAUUAAUGUAAAAUGUAUUAAAGACAAUAUGGUUAGUUUUUCGGAUUUGAAAUUUCUGCUAUCCAAGUAAUUUUGUUUCAAAUUACUUUGAGUUGGAUUGAAUGACUAAUUGGGAGCAAAACAUUUUUAA